AAAGAAUGAAAGAUUUUACUAAAUUUGUUCUUUUUGCUCUAGGUGGAACUAUAUUGGGUUAUAUAUACAAUAUAAAUAAAGAAAAAAUAAACAAAAAUCAAGUUGAAUUGAAUUUUCUAAAAAAGUAGAAAAGUGUUUCUGUUUUGCAAUUAACGUAAUAAAUUUUAUUAGUAAAGGAAUUCAUUAUAAUUAACAGAUGAUAAUCAAUUAAAUUUAUUUGUUGAAGGUGAAGUAGCUUAAUCUACUGAGAUAUUAAAAAGCACAAAUAAUAAAUACGCAGGUUUUUACAUAAAGAAAUAAAACUAUGAAAUAGAAACUGUAGAGAAUAAUGGAAGUAAAACUUAAUAAAGAAGAUAAAUAACUAGAACAAUUAAUACAACAGAUUAAUUUAUUUUAAACUCAUAACCUAAAUCGAAUAUAAAUAUAUUGAUAAAUAAUUUUUCAGAUGCAAUUAUUUUGCCAAAAGUUUUAAAACAUCAAAAAACAGAUCAUUUUUUGAUUCCUCCAGAAGUAAGAACAAUAAUUAGAGAACCUAAAACGUAAGAUAUAUCAUAUUAUUAGAGAUGAAGAAAAAGCAUAAUUUAAAGAAGGAAAAAUAUCAAAAUUUUUAACAACUAUUACAAAAAUAGGAGUAGUUAUUGAAGAAGACAUUCUUUGUGAAGGAACAUUUAUUUGUGUUUAUGGUAAAGUUGUUUGGGAUAAAGUUCAAAAUAAUUUUAGAAUGACAGCUCCUAAAUAUUUUGGUAUAAGUAAAGAUCAAAUUAUUGAAUAUUUUGAAGCUGAUUAAUAAUUUUAAAAAUUUUUUGGAAUUUUAUUGGCUAUUGGUGGAGCAGUAUUUAUAAAUUUAAUAAUAGGUGUGCUCUAUCUUUGCUCUAAAAUACUUAUAUACUUUAUUAUCAAAUCGUCAGAAUGGAUAAAAAGAAAAAGAAUAUAAAAUAACAUAAUUAUGA